UAUAUUGGAUUUUCCGUUGAACUGUCAUACCCACAAACACCCAGUACUCCUUCUAUUCUUUCCUUUCACAGCCAUUCUAUUCCACCUCCAUCUGAUCACUAUUUUAAGCCUCUCUACCUUGUAUUUUUUUCUCUUCAAAUCCAUCUCCCUUUACACCUCUAAAUUUAUAUCUUUCUACCACCUCUAUCCACUAUCUUCUUUGACUACCAAAGCUAUCACAAAUCAAACAAAGCCUCUCAACCCUCAAGCAAGAUCAAGAUGAAGUUACUAGAUUGGAUGCACCGUAAGUUCCGGCACAAUAGUGGCGAACCACUCAAGGACUUCACAAUUGGUCACCCCUGUAACUGUCUGUCAGGCCAAUCAUCCCUGCAGGACGAACAACAAUACCUUGCUAGGCCAAGUUUCAGCUCGCGAACGUUGAGGCAGCACCAGAAAGAGCGGGUUCGACGGAACUCUUUUGCUGGACUCGAAGCAACAUCAGUGGAAGGAGAAUUCGAAGAUGAAUCUUCAGCGGCAGCGUCGUCCGAGCUCUUUGAUGGACUCCUUACCAUUGGAACCUUUGGCUCUGACCCAGCAGCAACGCCCAGCUUUAACUUCUCGGUUGAGAACAUAACUGAAAAAGAAACCGAAGUAACCGAGAACGAUCUUAAGCUCAUUAACGAAGAGUUAGAGAAGGUGCUUGUGGCUGAAGCGAAGGAAGACGGAUGCAAUCUCUCAUCAGGAAGGAGCAGUCAUGUCAGUACCAUUACACUUAGCGGCAAGCAACUCGAAGCAACUGAUCAUACUGGCAGUGGAACGGCAAUCUGCCCACUCCAGGAAUAUCUCUUCGGCUCUCCUAUCGAGCUUCCAGAAACAACAAUGGUGGCAAAGAAAGAACACAGGAUGUCUCUUGGGGAGCUGUUCCUGAAGAGUAAAAUGGCGGACGACAACUCAGCUGGGAAAUGUGACAAGGAUGAGAAGCGAGCUGAAAAGGAUGCAGAGAAAUCCGGAGUUCAUCUCAUGAAGAAAAUGCUUAAGCGACGGGUACCCAAUAGUACUACUUCUAGGAGUUCUGCCGCUGCUGCUCCUGCGGAUCCUGUUUCAGCGGAGAAGAAAACCCAUAAGAUCCUACAGAUGUUCCACAGGAAAGUUCAUCCUGAAAGCACUUUACCAGCCAAAAAGCCCAGCAAGUCACAUAAAACGGAGAUAAAAAGUAAUGGACUUAAUGAUGGAGGAUGCAACAAUGGAGACCAUACGCUUCCAGAUGAAUACAUCAUGAUCUUUCCCCAGAGAACCAUCUCCAAGGAGCGUAUCCGACGCUACAAAAGCCAAUCAAACCCACCACAAUUCGCACUUAGCGGCAGUGAUUCCAAUGGGAACAGGGAGUAUUGGAUCAAAACAGAUGCAGACUACCUGGUCUUGGAGCUGUAAAGGGCAGAGGAGCGGUCGCAUGCAUCAAACAAUCGAUGGUUAUUAUCCAUUUCCAAUUCCUAACUAAAAAAAAUAAAAAUAUAUAUGUAUCCUUUCCUAGUAAGUACUGUUAUGUUUGUCGAGAUUCUAGUUGGUGGUUAUAGUUAACCUUAUGUGAAUGGUUCUGUUAUAUAUAAGAUUGAGAGAGCAACAACGGAAUAGAGGCAUUUGUCGCGGCGGGCUGGUCUGUGCCCCGCGGAGGCAAGAGUAGCGAUGAAGAUGUCUGGCAUACGGCUAGUUUUUCUGCUGCUGUUUCCUUUCUUUUUUCUUUCGGCUCCUAGAUCCUGUAAUGAUAUGCCCAUAUUGUAGCGGCCAAAGCCAAAUUAGUUGGUAAGGCUGUCCCCUGGGCCCUGGUGUGACCAGGUGCCAGGGUGGCUCUGGGAUUCCUCCCUCUCUUGGGCUCCGUUUCUUUUCUGCUUGCUUUUUGAUUGAUAUCCCAAUACAAAACACAGAGAAAAAAGGAAUGCCUCUACUGUUAAGUGUAUCACUGUAAUGAUAAAUUAGUAGUAAAUAUGAAGUUUCUUUUGUGCUCCAA